AGACAUACACACACAUAAACUGCACACACACAACCCUAACAAUGGCUUCCACAAACCUCCUAACUCUUCUUCUCCUCCCUCUCAUCCUCCCAGUCUCCUACGCUGCCACCUUUAACAUUGUUAACCAGUGCUCUUACACCGUAUGGGCAGCUGCCAUCCCCGGGGGAGGCAAACAGCUCGACAAAGGCCAAACAUGGACUAUAAAUGUAAACGCUAGCACCACCGGUGGCCGUGUUUGGGCACGUACAGGCUGCAACAUUGACAGCUCUGGCCAUGGCAGCUGCCAAACAGGUGACUGCAAUGGUCUCUUGCAAUGCCAAGCUUAUGGCAAACCACCAAACACUCUUGCUGAGUUUGCACUAAACCAAUACGCCAACUUGGAUUACAUUGAUAUCUCUUUAGUUGAUGGGUUUAACGUGCCCAUGGACUUCAGUCCGACAGGUGGGUGUGCUCGUGGGAUCCGGUGCUCGGCCGACAUCAUCGGGAAGUGUCCGGCUCAGCUGAAGACUACUGGCGGAUGUAACAACCCUUGUACUGUGUUCAAAACAAAUGAAUAUUGUUGUACCUCAGGUAGCUGCCAAGCAACUGAUUAUUCCAAGUUUUUCAAGAAUCUAUGCUCAGAUGCCUAUAGCUACCCUAAGGAUGAUCAAACUAGUACCUUUACUUGCCCUGCUGGGACUAACUAUAAGGUUACCUUCUGCCCUUAAUUUGAGUGUAUGUAUAUUUUUACAUGCAUGUGUUUUAUGUAAUAGAUGGGGAAAGGAGAGGUAUCCUUCUUGAGUCAUAGAA